UGUUAUUAUUUUUUUAAGCAGUAACUAAUUUAAAAAUAUAUGAAAAUAGCUAUUAAAAUACAAACAUGCGACUAAAUCGAGAGAUAAUGACUUGGCCAAUACUUUCGCUCAUGACUGUAAACACAUAUGUAGGUGUUUGUAUGCAUGUAUUGUUCAAUCAGUCAAGCCAACUAUUGGUGGUGAAAUUCGGUUAGCAGCGUUCUGGGAUUUCGUUUUCUAGCGUAAAAAUCCCCGAUUUGAUAAUAUAUCACACAUUUUGUGAUUUCACAUAAAAAGUAAUCAACAGUUGGCGAUUGCGCAUUGUUGUUUGCGGUUCAUUCUAUUAAAAAGAGGCGCAAUGAAAGUAUUGUUUGUGUGCUUGGGUAAUACCUGUCGCUCACCUAUGGCGGAAGCGGUCCUACAACACUUGAUACACAAAAGGCAACUGAAGGAUUGGCACACGGAUAGCGCCGGACUGCGAGAUUGGAAUGUGGGCUAUGAAGCGCAGGGACGUGCUCAGGAUCUGUUAGAACAGCACGGCCUGAAGACAAAACACCGUAGUCGUAUAAUAACCGAACAGGAUUUCUAUGAAUAUGACUAUAUUUUCGGCAUGGACAACAGCAAUUUAAAGGAGCUGCAAUAAAUGGCGAGCGAGUUACAGCCGGAACCUCAAUGUCGUAUACUGCUUUUGGGUAGUUACAUCGGUCGCAAGGAAGAUGAGAUCAUCGAAGAUCCCUACUUUAGUCGUGGAAUGGGAAGUUUUCAUGCUGCAUAUGCGCAAAUCCUGGAGAGCUGUCAAAACUUUGUGCUGAAACAUGGCAAUUUGGAUUAAAUAUUAAACACAUAUUUAAAUUUGUGUCGGUUGAACAGUUAGCUGAAAUAGCGUAAAUAUGUAUUUAUAUAUAUGUAGAUUAUUAUAUUUAUAUUAUUAUUAUGUGUAUUAGCUGAGCUGAUUGUUAUUUUAUUAAGCAAACUCUUUAUAAU